UUCAACCUCACACGAGUUACACCCUUAAUAUUUUCACUCUAACUGAAUUCAAAUCGCUAUAUAAAUCUUCAAUUAGACGAACCACUAAAAACCAAUUCAUCUCACGAUCUCAAUGGCUUUCAUUUCCAUUCUCUUAACAUCUCUUCUCAUUGUCAUCCACCCAACCUCCUCCGCCCCAUGGCCAAACUCACCACCUCCACCUCCUCCUAAUCCGGCCCAACAAGCUUGUAAAGUUACCAAGGACCCAAAAAAAUGCGAAGAAUCACUCAAAGAAUCCCCUACCAAAAACGCAACGGAAAUCAUUCAAACCGCGUUAGACAUCUCCUACAGCACCAACCUUAUAGCCCAAUCCAUGACACAAUCGUUAUACGAGGCAUCCGUAGGCAAUCUCAGCGUUAUCACCAUCACUAAGAACUGCCUCGACUAUCUCGAAAAUUCAGCCUACCGUCUCAUAUCAACAAUCGACGCAUUCGAAGAUCGCGAGAUCAAAAACUGCCGCGCAUGGACAAGCGCAGCGUUAACCUACCAGUACGACUGUUGGUCCGAAUUACAAAUCGUAAACAACGAGGACACAGACUUGAUUAACGACACUAUGACGUUUGUAGACACUCUUGUGGGUUACACUAGCAACGCUUUAAGCUUCAUAAUGGCGUUCGACGUGUAUGGGGACCAAACAGCGUCAUGGAAGCCGUUGAAGACGGAGAGAGACGGGUUCUGGGAGGGUGGUGGUGGUGGUGGUGAACCAGAGUUGGAGAUUCCACUUAGGUUAUUGGCUAGGAGUGAUGUAUCGGUUUGUAAGCCUGAUUACGAUCAAUGUACGUAUGAGACAGUGCAGGAGGCUGUGAAUGCAGCACCAAAUUGGAGUAGAGGGUGGCGGUUUGUGAUAUAUGUGAUGAAAGGGUUUUAUGAGGAAACGGUCCGGGUUGGGAUUGAAAAGCAGCAUGUGGUGAUUAUAGGGGAUGGGAUGGGAAGAACGAUAAUUGCUGGGUCUUUGAACGUGAGUCAGCCUGGAGUUUAUACGUAUAACACACCCACACUCGCGGUUCUCGGGGAUGGAUUCAUGGCAAGUCAUUUGACCAUACGGAACAAAGCCGGACCCGGUGCUCACCAAGCCGUAGCCUUCCGGUCCGACAGCGACUUGUCUGUCAUCGAAGAAUGCGAAUUUACAGGCAAUCAAAACACUUUUCACGCCCGCUCACUUCGCCAAUUUUACAACUCAUGUCGUAUAACCGGCAAUGAAGAUUUCAUAUUUGGCAAUUCUGCCACCUACUUCGAAAACUGCACCAUCCUGAUUCGUCCACGUCAGUUAAAUCCCGAAAAGGGCGGGGACAAUGUAGUGACCGCACAAGGACGGAUAGACCCCGCCCAGUCCACAGGUUUUGUGUUCCAUAAUUGUUCGAUCAAUGGAACGGAAGAGUACAUGAAGUUGUACAAAAGCAAUCCUAAAGUCCACAAGAAUUUUCUUGGGAGGCCCCAGAAGGAGUUCUCACGGACGCUCUUCAUUGGUUGCCAUUUCGAGUCGUUGAUCACACCACAGGGGUGGAUGCCAAGGGAUGGUGAUUUCGCAUUGAAGACGCUUUAUUACGGGGAGUUGAAUAAUAGUGGUAAGGGAUCAGAUUUGUCGGGACGGGUGAACUGGAGUAGCCGGAUUCCGCCUAAUCAUGCAAAUGUGUAUUCGGUCCGAAACUUCCUUCAAGGUGAUCAAUGGAAGCUUAAUGUAACACCCAGCUAUUCUGAGCUUGUACGGUACUAGUGUGACAUGUGUUAUGAUUAUAUAAAGGCACUAAAUUAUUAAAUAUAAGAUUAAUAUGAGGUAUUUGA